AUUUUUGAUUCCACGUGUCAUAAUUUCAGUCCUCUCUGACACGACAGGAUGUCCCAAAAGGAAAGGAAUUUUUACACCAACGAGGGAUAACGUUUAAAAAUUUCCUAAGUCUCUAAAGCUUAGAAGGAGUUUAAUACUGUCAUGGUCUUCGGAAAAAAAGUUUUUACAAGAGAUAUGAUGAGAUUUAAGUACAUUAACUAUGUGAACAGCACAAAAGGCGCGUAAAGGUUCGCAUUGUUUAAAGGAACGUGUCACAGGUCCAAUGGGGCGUAAAACACCCUGGAAAGACUAGAUACUAUUGCAGUGCGACUUAAAAAGAUCGCCGAAGUCAUCAUCAUCGUACAUAUAAACAUCUGUUGUUCCCCAUAUCUUACAUAGCGAAUGACAUCGUGUAUUGAUUCCGAGAGUAGAGCGCCACGGUUUCAUGGAGGCAUUAAAAUCUUACUUUAGUAAAUUCAGAAAACAUCGGAGUGUUUCGGGAGAUAGGGGAAUUUCGCCAAAUAGGAGGAAAAGAAAUAAAUUCCGGAAAAGGAGCUUAAAUGAAAACCUUUCAGAUGAGGAAGAGAAAAAUGGAAAGAUUGAACAUACCGAUUUCCACAAGAGUAAUGUCUCCGCAGUUACAUGUAGGAGUAUAUAUGAAAAUCCUCUGUUAAAGGAUACUUUGACUAAUAGUAGUCCCCAGGAGCAUGUGCACAAAGAGAAAAUGUCCCCACCUGCCAAACCCCCACGUAAAGACCAAGUGUUUUCUGUAACUUUUCAGGACUUUUUACCACAGGAUUUAGGGAUAAUUGUGGGUCUGACCCAAGAUCAGCUGGACUACAGGGCUAGGACCAGACUUCGGAGUGACACUGCAGUAGAAAGCGGGUCACCCUGUGACAAGAAUUCUGUUAUUCGCAUCAUUUUCAUCAAAGAGGGAAGUGCUGCCAGUGAGAAUGGACAAGUUCAUGUUGACGAUGAGGUCAUAAGUGUGAAUGGAUGGAAUAUGACCCGAGAAAACACGGGUAGUGCUCGGCUGUUGUUGGCAAAUGCAGUAAGAUCAGGAAAAGUCACCAUGACUCUACGCAGGAAGAAGAAGCGUCCUGCACCUCCUCCCCCCACCAGUCAGGACACACCUAGUAAAUCUGAAGAAGACCAGGAAAAGGAGAAUAAAUCUAUCAUGACACAGUCUCUGGAUUCAUUGCCUGGCAACUCUGGAGGUCAUGACAACUGGUACCUUGGCAACAGGAAUGAUGGCAGCUCACUGACUCUUGAUUCCAUGGGUAGCCUUGGAAAUGACAUGGGGUCAAUCGAUGAUGUGUUCAUAGACAAUUCUGAGGACCAUUCACUCAAUGUUUCUAGACAAGUGUUUCAACAUCAAAUGAGUGAAAGUGCAAUAUGUGUGUCUCCCAGUUCUCAGAUUUCCAAGUCAGACUAUGUGAAUGUAAAUAUAGGAAACAAAAACAGGACUCAUAGUGCUUCUGUUAUAGAAGAUGCUGUUGAAUGGAAUACUGUCCCAAUAAACCUCACACAAGAUGUAAUGGACACUGUGAACACUGCUCAAAUGACUCUUAAAAAACGAGGGAAAGUAGGUUCCCUAAAAAAUUCAACUGAACAAGAUACUAAUAUGUACAGUUCUGAUCCAGAAUUAAUCAGCAUUAACACAAGUAAGCAUCUGUACAAGAAAAACAAGAAAGGUUGGCGGUACCACCAAGAUCGGGGUGGUACCCAGACCCCCACUUCCUGUUACAGCUCCGACAGUGGAAGCAGUAGCCAUGUCCCCAAGAAACGGAUUGUUACAAAACUGCAUUUGCUGAAAGAUGAGAAUGGACUAGGAAUUCACAUUGCUGGAGGGAGGGGAUCCAAGAAAGGAGACAUUGGGAUCUUUGUGGCAGGGAUUACAGAGGGCGGAGCAGCAUUCAGAGAUGGACGAUUGAAGCGUGGGGAUGAAUUGCUGAUGAUAAAUGGAAAAAGUUUGAUUGGGCUCUCUCACUGUGAGGCAGUAGAUGUUCUCCGAAAUUCUCCAAAACUAGUGCAGGUCGUAGUUGCCUCAAAGGUACGAAAGUCCUCAUCUGUAGCAUCUACUGGAUCCUCAUCUGUUCCAAGCCUGUGUUCCAUUCCCACUUCCCAGCAGCUUCCAACAGAGGUCAUGACCCCUGACCUGUCUAUCCCAGAAGUCACUGCUCAGACACCAAGUGGAACAGUGUUUAACUGGGAGGACUUGAUGCAGAAGUUUGAUUUACCUCUGGACCGUACUAACAAAGUGAAAACAGAAGAUAAUUCUAGUGAACUCUUCCAGACUGUCACCAUAAACAAGGGGGCCCGAGGAAAGGGACUAGGGUUUACAAUUGUAGGGGGCAGUGACUCUGAGAGGGGCAGUUUAGGAAUCUAUGUCAGAAGAAUUUUAUCUCAUGGGCUUGUAGCAGAAGAAGGAAGCAUUAAAGAGGGAGAUGAGAUACUGAAGGUCAAUGACCAGCCAAUGAAAGGCCUCUCUCAUAAAGAAGCCAUACAAAAAUUCCGACAACUGAAAAAAGGACCUGUAUCCAUUACCUUUUGUAGAAGGUCAAGGUCUCGUGCUUCUAGUCCUUCACUGAAGUCUGGCAGAACCACACCUGUGGAUUUUUCAUCAGAUGGUAGCCCUGUUUCCACCCCCGGGCACUCCCCCUCCCCAAGUUUUGAUGAUCUUGCUUCUUUUUGUGAUGAAAUUCUGGGAACACAGAAACGUUUUUCUGAUGUCAGUAACUAUGACAACAGACUCUGUGAUUCAAUAGAGGAGAGAAUGCCUAGGUUGGUGAAUGAUCAAGAGUAUUCACUUACUGGUCAAACUGAAGAGGAUUCUCUGCAAGAAAUUCUACUUCAUAAAGAGAAUGGGAUAGGACUUGGAAUAUCUCUGAUUAGAAAAGAUUGUAAGGGAGUGAGCCAGAUAUUUAUACAGGAUAUUUAUACCAGUUCACCUGCAGACAAGGAUGGCAGACUAAGGAGGAGUGACCAAAUAGUUGAAGUGAAUGGAAAACCCCUUCAAGGCCUCUCUCUCCUUGAUGCUUACCAAUCCUUCAGGAGCCUCAAAGCUGGUCCAAUCGUCUUGGUGAUCAAAAGGGGAGGGAACUUUUUGACAAUUUCUCUAGACCUUGAGCACAGCACUGCCAGUCAGUCCAAAUGUGAUUUUACCCAGAAUUCCUCAGCUGAAUGUGGAUCUCAAUAUCAGAGUAAAAGUCAAGUAAAUGCGGCAAUUACAAAGAUGGAUGAUAAGAUUGAUGACUUAGAGAGGACGACGAAAGCAGUGUCACCUUCAGAGCCAGUGAAAAUCAGAGGAAAAUCCAAAAUGGAGGGGAGUACAACAGACUCCGAUUUCUCUGAUCUUGACAUUCAAACUUUUGCAGAGAAAAGCAUCGCCUCUUCCCCUCCCAGUAAGUCUGUAUCCUCACUGUCUGGAUCACCACACAAAAGAGGGUAUCAUCCCUAUGUGGACAAUUUUAACACAGGUGAUUUUUACUCAGAACAGAAUCCCAAGAAAAGGAAUUUAAAUCAGUAUCCGUUUGGUCCAGGAAAGGAGAAUCUGUUUAAUCUGAACUGGACUAAUUCAGAAUCAUCUCGAGACAGCGCACUAGGAGGUUCACUGAUGAGUGCUCUUGGUUCAGUUCUCACUGACACAUCAAGCUCAUACGAGACUAACUCAGACUCGGAGCAGAGUUUGUCUGGUCACAGUGUGUAUGGGAGAUACCAGAAAAUUGAUGGCUCGUCUGGAGAGUCUAGUGAAGAAGAAGUGCUGGUAUUGCAUAGGCUACCAGGAGAAAAUCUUGGGAUGAUUUUAGGAAUUGAUAGUGAUCCAACAUGCCAGACAGUUAAAUCUGUGUACGUUAAGACUGUGACAAUAGGGGGUGCUGCAUACCGAGCAACAGGCAGUAAGAAGGGGAUACAAGAAGGAGACCAAAUUCUGCAGAUAAAUGGAACAGACCUCAAUAUUUUAACUCACGAUGAGUGUUUAACUGUGCUCAGGGAAAUGCCUCUGCGAGUCAUCCUAAAAAUUUGCAGAGGAAAAAAGAGGAUAGCUCCCACAGCAGUCAAGUUAUCUCCAGCCAUGUCACUAGCCAGCAGUAAGAGUUUUGGGGACAGUCCAAGCCCACUGGUAUAUUCUGAAACUUCCAGCUACUCCGAGAGUGAGGAGGAGGAAGGGAAGUUUGAUGGAUUUGUUCAGAUACAUGUGGAGAUUGAUAAACACCCCAAUGAGAGUCUUGGUCUAAGCAUUGUUCCAAGCUAUGGUUCAACUCGGCAGUUCUACCAGAUCAAGAGACUUCUACCAAGUGGAGCAGCUGCCCGGAGUCAACACAUACGCGUGGGAGACCGGCUUGUGUCUUGCAAUGGAAUCAGUCUUCGUAAUGUGUCACAGGCAAAGUGUCUUUCUAUUCUGAAAUCAGAAGGAAAUUCGGGUGAUUUAGAAUUGGAAUUACUUCGGCCAAAGGAAAAUGAAGAUCAGCUUGAGAUUUCACUAAAAGUUUCAAAUACUGACUCCACUUUGACAUUACAUUCACCCAGUCAGCAGAGAAAAAAUUUCAUUGCAGAUCUUCCAGAAUCUGACUCCGAUAAUGAAGUGGUGCUCAACAAGUUUCAGUAUUUUGAUAAGACUGGAGUAGGUCAGAAUUUAAGUGAUCAAAAUCAAAAAUCAGAAGUGCCAAACAUAGAAAAGAUAAAAAAUAGUGACAAUAAUAAAAGUAAAAGAGAUUUUAAGUUUACCUCAGAAAAUUCAAAAAUGGAUGAGUCAUCUGAAUCCUGGAAUUAUGCGGUGCCUCCUCCCGUAGAGUUUUCAACAUAUGGACCUGCCGUACCACCACCUGCUGAGUUCUCAGAGGGUCAAAGUCCAAUCUUCAACCAAUCAAACAAUGGAAUUCCUGUCACAAAUAUUGAUGAAAUCAUUAAAUCAUACAGCCAAUCUCCAGUAGUACAAAGCCAUGAUUCCUACAUUCCACAAACAGAAAUGGAUGACACAGAAGUUCAAAUCAGACAGUUAGAAUCCUUGACAGGAUUACAUGGGGAUGAGAAUGGGUCUUUGGACAAUUCUCUCACCUAUUUUAAUGAAAACCUUCCAGGAGAGAGGGAAUUAGAUAUGAUGGACAGUUUUCAGGGAGAUAAUGACAUGAACAACUUUGAUAAGGAGGAUCAGACUAUUGAUGAAGGUGAUGAUGUUGAGUCAGAGCCAUUUAUUCCCCCUGCCCCUGUCAAUACUGAGGACAUUGAUUUAGAUGUUGAACAUUCCAAUAGCGAUGAUGAAUUUGUUGUCCCUGUCACUGUGCAGAGGAAUAAAAAUAUUCCCUUCGCAUCCACUGUAAUUGUGCCAUCCGCUGGUCCAACUGAAAUAGAGGAAGAGCAAAUCAUUCCUUCAGUCGAACAACGUAAAAGGACACCAGUUUCAGCCACCAUAAAGUUAGAUGAAGUAAAGAAAGAGGAGUUACCAACAAAACCAGUUCCUCAGCCUAGAGUCAAACCAACCAUCAUCAGUGUAAAACAUGAGUCAGCUCCCCCCAAAUCCAGCAUGGAUGAAGAUGAAGGUGUGAUGGAGGAGAUAGUGAGAGCAGAAUUCAAAGAGAGGCAAAGUGCAAAUGAGAAAUUUAAUGAAAAACUACAUGUAGAAGUGGAAGAGGAAAUAGUUCCAGUGGUGGUGAAGAAAGACCAGAGCUGGAAUGCAGCUAAAAUUGCUGUUAUCACAAACAUGUGGUCAAAAUCUGCCAGUAAGAGUAAAGAGAGUGUGGAUGACCAUGAGAGUAAGAAUUUAAAAAGUGUUAUAAAUGUGAUAAAUUCUAAGAAAAAAAAGGAUAAUACUGAAGAUGAUUAUUUAGCACAGGGAAACAAGAUGGAAACAGCCAGGGAAGAAACUGAAAAUUCUCAGAAUGUGCCAAGAGAACAAGAAGUUUACAGAAAUGUCAUUGAAGUAACAUCCCCUGUGUCAGUGGAUGUUGCUAAUGUGGAAAAGAAAACUGAAAAAGUAGAUUCUGUUGCUCCUUCAACAGACAAGUACAGUGUAAGUAAAUCAUCAGAACCAGUGGAUGCAGAGACUUCAACUCAACAAAAUGUUUCAAGAUUGGAUACCAAGCCUGAUGAAAAAGAAAGCAUUACUGUCACAUCAGAAGCAAAAUCAGUUCAAGAAACAGCCCCCAUUUCAGUGUCAUCUAAAGCAAGAGAGGACAAUGUUUCCUCUUCAACCUCUUCCAAAACCACAGAAGCUUCACCAGUAUUGCCCUUCAAGUCAUCCAUAGGAAUAACGAAACCAUCAAGUCUUCUCAGUACAAUAAGGUCACAAAACAGCUCUUCAGCAACAUUAAGGCCUCUCUCUUCCAUUAAGCCUAUAACUGUAAGUGCAAAGACAUUUUCUCUAGGAAAGCCUUCCAGUCUUUCUAGUUCUCUGUCUUCUGGGAGGCCAUCCCUGCUCUCAACAAUUCAUGGAACAACAACAUCCACAAAGAAUACUCGCUCUGAGGAGGAGCCAUUUUUAGUGAGAGUACUCAAAGGGAUUCUAGGGUUAGGGCUGAAAGUGAGUAUUACACCAGAGGGGUUUGUCAAAGUGGAUGAGAUUCAACCAAGUGGACCUAUCGCAAAGGAUGGCAACAUCAGGGUUGGCGAUUUCCUGCUUUCUAUCAACAACACAGAAUUAACUGGACUCCCUGACAGUAAGGUACAACAGAUACUCAGACUCCUACCCAGAGGCAUUGCAAAAAUUCUAGUUUCGGUCAAACCUCCAUCAUCAGAAGGCGUUGCCAGACCAACAGACCUCAGCCUCGGCAACAAUGAUUCCAGACAGUCACCUUUAUCAUCUCCAAGAACAAUGUCAAAGUCAGCCUCAUUAUCACCUUCGUUGUCUCCAAGACAACGUACAUCAUCUCCUUUGUCACCACAACAACCAAGCAUACCAAGUUCUAAAACACCAGUAGAAGAGUCCUCUGUAAAAGUGACUGUUAACCACAACCAGUUGUCACCAGAAACAAAUAAAACACAAGCAGAUGAGUCCACAGGAAGGGUGACUGUUAAACAUGACCAGUAUGCACCCGGAGCAAAAAAGACACCACCACCAGUGGCUCCUAAACCUAAACAGACUUCGUCACCUGAUCAUGUCAGCAAAACUGGUUCCCACUGGGGGGGUGGUGGAUAUGUCAGCUCAGCUCUUGGAAGAACAUCCUCCUUUGGAAAGAAAGAAUCACAUGCAGUUGACAGCAAACCUCACAUUCAACCAAAGAAGGCAGAUUAUGUGUCAUCUGCCAGAAAAACAGUCCAUGAAAAGGAAGAGAAAGAGCCUAUUGACACUGUAGUAUUUGCAUCUGUGGAUUUUAACAAAAUGAAUGCUAUGUCACGCCAGUCCAUGGGGCAGUCAAAAGAUAAAAAUAGUUCAGAACCAAAGAUGAUUCCCAAAGGACAUGUGGAUUAUGUAUCCUCUGCUAAACCCAAGGUCUCUUCACUAACCACCACCUCACCACAGAAAAAGGAUUUCCCGUACUCACCCUACGCAUAUGAAGAAGUUUCCACAAAAAUCUCACCUGUGAAGAUGAACUCUGCUUUGAGUCCUCGUAGGAAGAGUGAAGAUAAAUUUUCAUUUGGAGCAUCUUUCUCUGGUAACAGAACAAAAGGUAAGAUGGAGGAUCAGCACACUACUGGCUCACCAUUAACCUCACCCAAAAGCCCUGUCACCCCCACCACACAGCACUCACCCAAUAUCAAAUCAUCCCUGGAAGCUGAGAUUGUAGUUGGAUCACCUCCAGAAGUUCCUACCAAACCUGUCCCCAAACCCAGGGGAUCCAUCUCAGACAAAAUUCCAGAAAGCACUGAACUAGAUUCCUCACCAGCAAACACCAUGCCAUCUGUUGAGAGCAUAAUUCCUAGUGUUGAAAACACAGAUCAAGUCAUAGAGCAGCCUUGUGUGCUGAGCACUGAUCAACUAAACAUAACUUAUUCCUUUGAAGAAAAUGUUCAUAGUGCACCUGAAGCACAGAGCAUUGAUAUUGAUGUUGUAAACAGCACAGAAUCACAAAAAGACACUGCUGCUGCACUCACAAAAAAUAAUCUACAAGAUAACAAUGUGAUUUCACCAGACAUUGAUCUUAUGAAUGUAGAUGUCAACAUAUCUAAUGUAGAAGUAGUUAAUAAUGAUUCUGAUGUUGAAGAUAAAAAAGACAAAGAUACAUCAGAAUCUUUGAUUGUAGAUGACUCUGAUAAUGAAUUAUAUGACUUUGUUGAAGAAAUAGUUAGAAAUGCUAUUCAAAAAGGAAUUGAUGAAUUUAAAGCUUCAGAAGCAGAAGACAAACCAGCAGAAGAUGAUGAAGCAGGUAAGAAAGUAGACAACAAACUGUCAAGAGUGCAUGACACACAUCCUGUAGAGGUUAUGGAAACAAAAGGCUUGCGUGCUUUCUUGCAAAAAUUUGACUCUUCUGAGAAGGAGAUGCCAUCACCUGUUACAUACUCAAUGAAUCAAAACCCUGUAGCAGAAAACAUUGCUGCAGAGAUGCUUACAUGUAAGACAUUACAAGAAGACAGUGAUAACAAUGCUAGGCAUACAAACUCUGCUACUAAAACAUCUGCAAGUACAUCCAAUGAUUUACUAACACAUGAAAACAGUGGUGUUCAGGUUGACCAAUGCAUGUCUGUUUCCCAUGAUGCUUCUGUUGCAUGUAAUGAUGUUGUUUUGGAUUCACCCAAUCCAGUUAGCAUGUCUGUGGAUGUGGUUAAUGUGCCUAGUGUAGCUUCAGUAGGGGAUAAUAUUGUUAAUACUCUCUUAAUUCAGGAACCAAAAUUGUGUACAGAACAACUAAGUGAAGAUCCGUACCCACAACAUGGCAGAGACAAGGCAGAUGAUAAUGUAAAUAGUGAUGUUAAUGGUGAAGAUUCUCAGGGAGACUUGGAAAAUAUUGAAAUUGUUUUAAAUGAAGAAAGUGUUGAUUCUUCUCCUAUAGAUUUAUUAGGAGGAGACAUUUCACAGACUGAAUUAAAUUCUGGAAAUUAUUCUACUAUAAAAAGUCAAAGAUCAUGGUUUGUAUGUUUUGGAAAACAGCAACUUGGUCCCAAUUUUUCUAAUGUGGAGGAUAUUGGUGGAUCUUUGGAUCAGGUGUCACCAGAAGAACUGGAAACAUUGUUGAACAAGACUAACAGUGAUUUGGACUCUUACGGAGUGGGAUUGGAUGCCAUGCUUGUGCUUGUCUUUCUUGAUUCUAACUUCCAAGGAGAGGGUCCAGGAGUGCAGCUAACUACUGACCAAGGUGGCUUUUUAAUGAUUUCAGAAGUGAUGGAAGGUGGUUUGGCAGACAGAGAGGGUCAUAUUCAAAAAGGAGACAAAGUUAUCUCCCUUGAUGGCAUGUCCACUGCUUCUCUCUCACCAGAAGCUGUGAUGAAUGGGAUCAACAAUACUCUCUCCAGUCAUGUCAUUGUACUAACAAGAGCUGGGGAGGAGAGUGAUAAUUCUGAGGCUCCACCCACUCCUGAAGCCCCACCCCCAGCACUUCCUGUCUCACAACCACCCGAUAUUCCAAAAGAGGAUGAGAUUAAGGAUGUAAAAACAGGUUCAUCAGUGGAGGAGUUAAGUGGAAGUGAAAGUGAAAAUAAAAUCACUCAAGAGAAGAUACAUGACUUAAAAGUUGAGAUUCCUUCAGAAAAUGUGGAUACACAUGAGGACAACAAGCAAAACAGUGAUUUGGAAGUAAUUGGUCCAGGAGAAUGUGAAAGAACAGACUCCAUUACUGUGACCAUUCCAGAGGUAUCCAGCCCUCAAGGAUCUCAAGACUCUGGUGUGGAAAUGCCAAGUCCACUGGAUUCACAAUCCACAGUGGUAGAUACUGCUUCUACUGAGAAACCUUAUGAAACUGAGCAGCUCUUAUCUAAUGGUGAAUUGAAUCAAGUGUCCUCUCCUACCUCCCCACUUGUAAGGAUAGAGCAACUGUUGCCAACACCAUCUGAUGAUUCGGAUGAUGAAAAUGUAGAGAAGGAUACAUUUGAAGUGGUAAUGAACAAAGGAGUAACAGGGCUUGGGUUCCUGAUUGAAGGAGGGAAAGCUUCAGCUAAGGGAGACCAGCCUCUGACCAUUAGGAGGAUGUUCAAAGGUGGCCCAGCAGAGAAAUGUGGUAUGCUGAAGGUCAAAGACGAGAUUCUGAAGGUCAAUGGAUUGGACAUCACAAACAUGCGGCACUCUGAGGCCUGGACACACCUUAAGUUCCUGGAUGAUGGACCAGUACAUCUACUGAUACGUCGCAAGGUCCAGCAAUCAGUAGAAUAAAGACACUAUAACACUAUCAAAGUACUGAAAGUACUAGUAACACAGUCAAAGUAAUGCAAAGUCAAUAGUAACACCAUCAAAGUACUGAAAGACACUAACACUAAAAGAUCUGAAAGACACUAGUAGCACCAUCAAAGUACCACAUCAAAGUACCACAAAGACACUUUAAAACAGGCUACAUCAAUUUUCCAUUUUUGUUCAGCAAAAGGUGAUUUCCACUUGAAUGUGAUAAAUAGAAUAAAGAUAUAUGGAAUAAAACUCAUCAGCAAUCUACCUGGCAUAAAUUCUUCCAAUGUGUGUAUAUAAAGUACAGUUGAACUUUGGUAUCUUGAACACUGAUAUCUCAAAUACCAUGGAUAUGUCAAACUGAUUUGAAAAUCCCAAUCACUAAUUCUCUAAGUAUUUUACCCUCGACAUCUUGAAUCCUCGGAUAUCUCCAAGUUUUCCUUUGGUCCCAUUGAGUACAAGAUAAUGAAGUUCAACUGUACUUUGAACUCUGUACAAUGUGUUUUUGUGAGGAUUUGUCCCCAGAAAGCAUUUGGGUUUUAAUUUGGAGGUUGUGUUGCUUUUCCCAAUGUACAAAAAGGUAUUAAAUUCAGUCUAUGGAUGGGCAAAUGGUUUUUAUGUAGUAGGAAUUAAGUGAGUUGAAUAAAAGUAUCUGCACAAAUGUAUAUUGAUUUCAUGCAUUGUACAAUACAGGACUACUUUAUCAAAGGAUACAUGCCAACUGUACCACAUUUCACUUACAAAUGAAGGGACAUAAUCUCCUUUGUUACACUUGUAUCUUUUAAAUAAGUACUGUAAAUCACUUCCUAUUUUUUACUGAAUUUUAUUUUCACAUAAUUAUGUCUGCUUGUGAAA